AGCGCACAAUCAUACAGGACCGCUUCAGAAAGGAUAUUUGCUAUAUGUAACUUUACUCUGGCCUAACAAUGACUAUAGACGAUUGCACUACUCCGGGGGCCAUUAAAAACACCAUAGAAGAGAUGAUGGGCUCCAACAUCUCCGCGACAUUGCGCCAAAACAAUUUCACCAGAAAUUCCAGUUGUGGAACUGUAUCUGUUGGAUUCCCAAUAACCAUGAUGGUAACUGGCAUGGUUGGAAACUCUUUAGCUCUCAUUCUGGUGUGUAUAUCCUACAGAAAAAGGGAAAAUAGAAGGAAAAAGUCUUUCUUGCUUUGCAUUGGAUCACUGGCAUUGACUGACCUGUUCGGGCAGCUUAUGACUACUCCAGUUGUGAUAUCUGUCUACCGGGCUGGUCUGAAAUGGGAACUUAUCGAUCCAUCUGGCAAGCUAUGCACCUAUUUUGGCGUGUGCAUGACAACUUUUGGCUUGUGCGCCCUCUUCUUAUCCAGUGCCAUGGCGAUAGAAAGGGCCAUGGCGAUAACAAAUCCCCACUGGUACUCGAAUAACAUGAGGACAAGUGUGACAAAGCAAAUUUUGGUUGUCAUAUGGUGUCUUGUGUUGCUGUUUGCUCUGCUGCCCAUUGCAGGGGUCGGCGAAUACACCCGCCAGUGGCCGGGCACCUGGUGCUUCAUCAGCACGGGGGACAGCAAAGCCGCGGGCAGCAUGUUCUUCUCCAUUACUUUCGCUGUACUUGGGAUUUUUUCUCUGCUUGUGACACUCUCCUGCAAUGUAAUGACGAUUCGAGGUUUAAUUAUCCGGUGUAAAACAAAGUCUGGCACUUCUCAAUCUUCAAAACAGUGGGAACGUCUCACCACGGAGACCGUCAUUCAGCUGUUAGGGAUUAUGUGCGUCCUGUUAAUAUGCUGGUCUCCCCUGCUGGUACUGAUGCUGAGGAUGAUCUCCAACAAGGUGUCCUCCCAUGAAUGUUCAGAAGCACUAAAUUCCAAUCACAUGUCUGGCCGUGAUACCCAACUAGACUGCAACUUCUUUCUGACAGCGAUACGUCUGGCCUCACUCAACCAGAUCUUGGACCCGUGGGUUUAUCUGCUCCUCAGGAAGAUCCUUCUGCGCAAAUUCUGUAUCAUGGCUAAUGCUGUUUCCAACUGCUCCACAGAGGAUCAGAAGCAGACUCAGACAGCACUGGAUGCUCUUAACAAGCAAAACCAAGAAAGUAACAACCUUUAUAAAUCACAAAGUAACUAAGUCAACCUUUGACAGUAGUUGCUAUCUUAUGACUCUGAGGCUACAUGGCUUUCAAAGACAUCAAAAUGGCUUUAAAAUGAAAACAGAAAUGGUGAAAGAAAAGGGUGGAUUAACCCUGACACAAAAGUUUUCUGCUGUAGGAUCCAAGUUUACUCAAAGCAUUUGAUUUGCUUUUGCCACAUUCCAUUUGAACAUCACCUAACCAGCAUGUGGAUGCAUGAUUGCGUCAUCUUUUGCAUAUGGCUGCUGUGUGGCCACCAUGAACUCUCUCAUUGCCAGUUUUAGUAGCAACUUCUGCCAAAUCCAAGACCUGAAUGUGGGUGACUUCAGAAUGACAAGUGGUGCAUUUACCGAGCACUGCUGUCAAUGACUUGAACCCAUAAGCUAAUUAAAACACAUUUCUUUUAGGAAUAUUUGUGAAUAAUGAUAUAUAUUUAAAAAAAAUCUUGUAGUUAUAAGUGUAAAUGUCUCACAUGAAACCUGCCACUUUGCUUAAAAAAAACUGCUUGUUCAGAAGCAGAGAAAUAUUAUCUGGAGCCAGCUGCUGAUUGAACUUAUUUAUUAAUGUGUGUAAUGUUAAUUUAGUUGCUUCUGUGACAAAUGUUGAUGAUUAUACCUGCUUGGUAUCAGUUGUUGUUAAUUAAUGAUGUACAACACAUGACACUCCUUGGGAAAUGAAAUGUCAAGUAUUUAAGUUCAGUUCCAGUUUCACUUUUUUGUCCUCAUCAUAGAAAAGUAAAGUUUUUCAGGCAGGCAGAAGCUUUAAUGCAGCUUCGCCUUCAGUUUUAAUUACAUAUAGUAGUCAAAGUUCAUUCCAGCAUUUAUUUAGUGUCAUUUAAUUUUGUCCAUGUACCUGCAAGGUUACCCCCUAAUAUAGUGAAUUAUUCAUAUCCCUUAAUACUCAAAGUGAUAUUUAAUUGAGGGCUCAAAUGAAAUAAAUGUAGUAUCUAAUAACUUGGUGUGCUCUCAGUGCCACCUUUCUAAAGUGGAAAAGAAGGGAAGAACAUUGAUUUGAGUAGAUUUACAAUUCCUUCAAAAUUAAAAAAUGCAUCAUAUCCUCUGCUUGUAAAUAUUUUCAGUCAGGCAGGUAAAAGACACCUCAAGGUCUGGCACAUUUGUUGUCAUGGUAACCUUCAAAUAGGUUGAAGCUAACCCACAGCUCUGCCUUUUCAGUACGUAAACCCAAAAGAUCAGGUUAAUGUGAGUCGCCUGCUCUGCCUGUUUCUGCUUUUGCCUUUUAACUGUGACAAGGCUCAACGAUAACGAGCUUAUCGGAAAUUGUUAUCGCUAAAAGCCACGUGAAAGAUGAACAAUUUUUGUUGCCAUGUAACUGUUCCGUCUGCCAGCAGAGACAGCAGAUGUAGAGUUUAUCUUGUUUUGAUAGUUAGACCUGUUGACUUUAGUGGCCCACUCAAAGGAUUAACCUUGUUUGUUGAGAAAAAGCAUAAAAGGGUUUUAUAAAGUGCAGAAGUUUUUUUUUUCCCCCCUAGCAGUAAUUUCUUGACAUGAUUUAUGAGCUCUUUAUGAGCUUUCCCAUUUUCCCAUGAAUGUGAACUGGUAGUACAAUGUGUGUGUUUUAUGAACGCGUGAACAUCUAAUUAGUAUUAUAUUGACAUGAACUGUUUUUAGUUAAAAUAAUAAUUAAACUAAUUGAGCUUGUGGCCAUGCAUAAAGAACAGUUAUCCCAAGCAUAUCUUUACCAUAUGCAGCAAAUGAAUAUAAACUUCAACAGUCACAUCUGUGCUUUAGUUUUUUCAUUUAAAACUAUGAUUAUUAAUUGACAGGUUGCAGCUGGAUGUGGCUCUAACCGCUUCUACUUGAUUCUGCAUCAUGUUAUUAUUUCAGUGCUUUUAAAUAAAGACAAAAUAAUUGCACUAUGGAAACAACCUUACCGUUUACCUUUCCAUAACACCCAACCCCAUCCCAACAACGAAAAGGAAAAUGGAAGAAUAGUGUGUUCAGGCAUAGUACAUUCCUUAAUGGACCCAGUAAAAGCCAAGGCAAUAUUUGCGGGGAACAUUUCCUGUUGUUCUGCUGCACAGUCAUGCUUAUGAAUUAUGCAUGCUCAAUUGAUCCAAGGGCACAACAGAGUAACAUGAGAUGAAGAAAUCAGCAAUUUGGUGUAUUGAUUCUCAAGUUGUAGCCUUCAAAGCUGAUGAUGGUUACUGUUUUGUCUCAUUAAGAGGUGUGCUGAAAUUCUACCUAAUGCAAACUGUUGCACACAAAAAAAAAAACUGCGCUAAUCAAUCUUUGCUGUAAAGACUGUUAAUUUGGCUCAGUCAUGUAUUACAAUGAGGUUACUUUGUUUCAGGACCAGGCCAUUUCAGUAGCAAGUCUUACACACAGGAGACUUGGGAGAGCCAAUUAUAAAACCAUUUUCAGAAGCCCAGAGAAUCCAGAUUUGCCAGCUGGCCUCCUUUUGCUCACUCAUGUCACUAAUGCAUGGAAGUCAUUUACUGAUUGUCUCAUGAGCUUGAUGUCUUCAGAUUUCCAGAUAUGGAUGUCACUGAUAGGAGUUUGUUUGAUAUUUUGCAGUUGAACUUCAACACAAAUUCCACAGCUUCUUAUAUGUGCAGAUUGUUUGUUGGAAAAGUCAGCUUCCAGGGAAAUCUUUAAAUAAAAUACUUGAUUGUGGUAUUAA